GCCCUAAUCCUUGAAGCCCAUUCGUCAGUGGCGUCUUCAACAUAAGGGCACGGCAUCAACUAGCCUCCCCAAAACCUAGUGGUUCGAAAAGGCGAAAACAGUCGACGCAUCCAAUCUCCCCGUCUUCAGGCUUCAACUACCAGAGGUUUCGAUGGCAGAAAAAGACGUGAACCCUAAAGCAUACCCUUUGGCCGGUUCAGAGCUCACCAUAGUCAUACACGACUUGGUUGCACAAGCUGCCAACUUUAAGCAGCUCAAAAAGGGUGCUAAUGAAGCCACGAAGACACUGAACAGGGGAAUUUCUGAGUUUAUUGUGAUGGCUGCUGACACUGAACCACUCGAAAUUCUUCUUCACCUUCCGCUUCUAGCUGAAGAUAAGAAUGUCCCCUAUGUGUUUGUUAAAUCCAAAGAAGCUCUUGGCCGAGCAUGUGGUGUUACUCGACCUGUGAUUGCUUGUUCAGUGACAUCCAAUGAGGGAAGCCAGUUGAAGUCUCAAAUAACUGAACUUAAGAAUGCCAUUGAGAAGCUUCUCAUAUAAAUAUGCCAAGACUUUUCAGCAUGAUGGGCCUCACGGACAACUCUGAACUGUUUUAACUAUGAGGCCUUGACUGGAGAAGUUUAUUCAGUAAUGCUCUCGUGUGCUUGUUUGUUUAACUAGUUUAUGUGAAGAAAGACAAUAUUCAUGUAGUUUCUGCUUGUCAUUCUGUAAUUGUUUUCAAGGAUAUCAAUUUUAUUUAUUGGUGUCUUUUACUUUAUGAUGUGCUAUGUUGGUUCCCAA